GUUCUUCUGCUCACUCAACCCUCUCCCAAACGAGAAGACGAGAGGACGAGAGAGAGAGAGAGAGAGAGAGAGAUGGCUUCGGACGGUAACGUCAUCGCGGCACCCACGGAGGAGAACGGCACUGCGGCGCCGCCGUCCGGCACCCCCACCCUUAAGAUCUACGCCGGCGCCGAUUUCUUCGGUUGCAAUCUCAAGGACGCCCUUGUCGCUUACCUCCGCUCCCUCCCUGGCGUCGAAGUCGUUGACCUAGGCACUGAUAAGUACUACUCCAUCGCCGAGCAGGUCGGCCGCAUCGUCAGCUCCUCCGCCUCUGGUGGAUCCUCGCUGGAGACCCGCGGGGUCCUCUCCUGCGGCACCGGCGUCGGCGUCUCCAUGUUCGCCAACAAGUUCCCCCGUGUGUACGCCGCCACUUGCUCCUCCGCCGGUGACGCCGUCAACGCCCGCUCCAUCAGCUCUUGCAACGUGCUCGCCGUGUCCGGCAUGAACACCGCCCCCGAUGACGCCGUCAAGAUCGUCGACGCCUGGCUGCAUACUCCCUUCAAAGCCCCCUGCCCCGCAUCUGGCGGCGUCGACUGGCCCGACGACAUCCAUGCUUUCCUCGACAACGCCACCGCCGAGAUGGCCGCCAUCCCCAACCCGUCCUCUGCCGCCUCCACUUGCGCCAUCUGCUGCUUGAGGAAAGGCAUCAAAUUUGAGCCCGUCGGGAUCAUGCCUGGCGGCGAGAUGAAGAUCGUGCGCGAGAGCCCGACAUCGGCCAUCGUCAAGUUCAAGGCCGGCAGCGUCGAGCCGGCGCACCACCACACCUUCGGACACGACCUCGUGGUGAUGAAGGGGAAGAAGAAAGUGUGGAACUUGACGAAGAAGGAGAGCUAUGACCUCGAGGAUGGUGACUUCCUGUUCACACCGGCCUGGGAUGUGCACCGGGUCAAAUACUUUACCGAUACUGAGUUUUUCAUCAGAUGGGAUGGGGAUUGGGACAUCUUCCUCGAUGAGGACCUGGAAGCGGCCAAGGAAGCCAUUGAUAAGGAGCUCGCCAGCGGAAAAAAUUGAAGCACUUCCUGUUGGGUAUUCGUGGACUUUGUACUCCUCUGUUUGCGGCUAUAAGGAUAAUGGGCUUCCUUGUGUUUGUGGUAUAUGUUGCUUUGGUAAAAGGUGAUGAUAGAUAGUCGGACUAGUGUCAUCAUGCUGCUUGUUUGAAUAUAUGAAUCUGAAAAUGUUGCUGCUUGGAAGUGAUAGUAGUACUGUAAAAAAGAAUUAGUAAGAACUUUGAUGCACCAAGAAUAGUUAUGUUUAUGCUGCUAUUCUUA